AUGCCAUCGUGGAAACCCUACGAACCCAUCGCCCAUCACCAACACCUCCACCACCACCAGCGCCAUGUCCGCCCCCGCCACCCCAACAGCCCUCUCCCUCCUCACCCUCGCCCACCCCCCGCCACCGCCGCCAGCAUCCACGCCACCAAGCUCCACCGCAAGCCCCUCUACCUACACCCCACCUCCACCACCACCUCCACCACCACCGACGCCCGCACCGCCCGCCAACUCGCCCGCGCCCCCUCACACCCCAGCACCCACCGCAAACCGCGCCCCCUCACCGCACGUGAGAAGCGCGCCCUGCGAAUCCACCACAUCCCCAAGUCCGCGUCCUACGCCACGUUUGCGCCGCUGCAUGACUUGUGGGUGGGGUACAUGCGCGAGGUGCUGGGCGCCCACUGCGCGGGCCUCGGGCAGGCGCAGAUUGGCGCGAAGCUGGCGAGCGCGGACUAUCAUGGGGCGGUGCUGGAGGUUGUGAGGAGUCGGUGUGUGAGCCGGGUGGGCGUGAAGGGGGUUUGUGUGAAGGAGACGAGGGGGAUGUUUUAUUUGGUGGGUAGGGAGGGGGGGGUUAAAGAGGUACCGAAAGAGCAUACGGUGUUCCGGUUUGAAUUACCGCUGCUGGAGGAGAACGAUGCGCCGGCGGAGACGGAGACGGAGACUACGGCGGCCCCGGGCCCGAGCACAGAAACUACGGCUAUGGACGUGGACACUACGGCGGCGGCACCGGCACCGGCAAAGCCCAGGUGUAUGGUAUUCGAGCUGCACGGGCAGCAGUUCAUGUACCGCUCUGCCGACCGGGUGGGCAAGAAGUUUAAGAAUCACGCGUUGGUGGAUCUAUAG